AGUCCCGCCCAUUUUUAGUGUUGUGAGUCUGCUGUUAGCAAAAUCCCACAUUACUGAACAUUACACUUUAUUAUUUAAACCAAGCCAUCUUUCAAUAAAGAAGGGCUGCACGUUGCGGAAUAUAAUGUCAGAUACGGAGACAAAACCCACAAGUGACGGAGGUGAGAAGAAGGAUGGAGAAUAUAUUAAGCUGAAAGUGAUGGGUCAGGACAACAGUGAAAUUCACUUCAAAGUGAAAAUGACGACACAUUUAAAGAAGCUGAAAGAAUCCUACAGCCAGAGACAGGGUGUACCCAUGAACUCUCUACGGUUUCUCUUUGAGGGACAGAGAAUUGCAGACAACCAGACCCCCAAAGAGCUGGGAAUGGAAGAUGAAGAUGUGAUCGAGGUGUAUCAGGAACAGACUGGUGGUUGUUGGAAUGACUAGACUUUUUAUUUUCAAGCUUUUAUUUUUAUCUUAAUUUUGUAUGUAUGACAUUUCCUCUGUUUCCUUUUGCUCUUACCACAAAGGGAAAUGAAAUGACCAUCUGGAUCAAAUAGAUAUUCUGUUUUGGCUGCUGUGUGUGAAGGAAUUUGGGAAGAGUUAAAUAGGAAGGGGGUUGGUGCAAAUAGAAAUAGAAAAUAUUCCUCUAGCUACACCAAUCUUUAAUCAUCUUGUCUCAUUUUCAUGCUUUCCCAUCCCUGUCCUCAUGCACUUAUUUCAAGUCAGUUAUUAAGUCACAGGUUUGAAACAAUAUGAGGGUGAGUAAAUGAUGACAGAAUUGCCAAUUUUAGGUGAACCGUUCCUUUACACAUAGUCACAUCAGAGCUCUAAAAAGCUGUAGAUUAUGCUGUUAAAUCCAAUCAACAAAUCAAUGUUUUUUAAAAUAUACAGCUUUUAAUUUCAUAGCAAAAUUCCAUCAAAUUGAUUUGAUUCGUCUUUAACAAAAUAACAUAUUUUAAGUUUAAUUAAUUUGGUUAAAAAAUACAGAUCAGUUAAAUGUAAUUUUGUUAUGAAAUUGAAAUGCAUAAAUCUUAAAAUAGGCUAAAAUAUUUUUAGAGUGGGGUUUCACAAACACAUCAUUCUCUCCCAUGAAGUCGGAUAUGUUUUAUGUGUUUCGUCAUGAUUAUUAGCAUUCAUUAAAUGCCUUAUUCAUUGAAUUGCUUUUGAAUUGUGUGGAAACGGCAUCUCCGAAAGUCUCCAACUGGCUCAAUUUAAGCAACAAUGAACACAUCUGUCAUUAUACCAUUGGAAAACAUUAAAUGUGGUCUUUAUGAUUAAUUGUUGUCUGAUGUUAAAGUGUAAAAUGUUGCUUCCCUCUUACAUGUGUUUGCAAAAACUAUAUACAGUUGUACAGUUUAUUUGUGCGCUGAGAAUUGCAAGAGGGAUGUUACAUUAGGUGUUGUAUUGUAACUGUCAAGUAGGGCUUUUCUUUUUUCCUGCAUGUUUUUGUCUAAUGUAUAAAACUUUGUACUGCCCCAGUUCAAAUGUGUUGUCACUUUCUAUUCUACUUAGUCCUGGAUAUUUAGCUCUUUUUUUAUUUAUUUUUUUUGCCACAUUAAUGGAGUAAGUACAAACCGUCUACCUUUAUAAGUGUCGGAUAAAUGAAACCUGAAAAUAAUGGGUAUAAUGUUGUUUGAUCAGUACUCAGGGGCAUAAUUCACACAGAGAAUAAGCGUCACUGUACAUUCUUAUUUUUCAAUUCCUACUCUAUAUUCUUUAUAAUUCUGUGUGAGAGGGGAGGGAAAUUUGAUCCAGAUGGUUUUGUUGAUGUAGGAGAAUUAUUACUUUUUCUUUUUAAAUAAAAUGUGUCAUAAAACUGUUUGCGUUCAC